AUGGCAGCAGUAAGUAGCAAAAUUUGCAGGUCGAGUUUAGUGAUACUGCUCUUAGUUUUAAUUUUAACAUCAACAGCAAACGCACUUUCAGGCCGGAAUGUUCCAGGGUGUGAAGAUGAGACUAAAGCUUUGGUAGACCUUUGUGCAAAGUAUGUACUGAAGAAAAGUCGGAUUAUUCGACCAGCGAAGAAUUGUUGUGCAUUGGUGAAGGAGGUUGACGUAAAUUGUAUUUGUACUUAUGCCACUAGAGAAGUGGCAAAACUCAUUAGCAUGCGUAAAGUUUUUUAUGUUGCUUCUACUUGUGGCAGAAGACUUCCUCCCAUAAAAAAAUGUGGAAGUAUUGGAAUUGGUUCGGGGUAA